GUAGGCGUUUCCGGCCAUUCAUACUCCCAGUCCGUUGGCGCUUGGUUGUGGCCUUGCGUGCACUCUCGGAUCGAAAGGGCGACGGCGCCGCUAGCAUGAAGCUUGUGAGAUUUUUGAUGAAAUUGAGUCACGAAACUGUAACCAUUGAAUUAAAGAAUGGAACACAGGUCCAUGGAACAAUCACAGGUGUAGAUGUCAGCAUGAAUACACAUCUUAAAGCUGUGAAAAUGACCCUGAAGAACAGAGAACCUGUACAGCUGGAAACACUGAGUAUUCGAGGAAAUAACAUUCGGUAUUUUAUUCUGCCAGACAGCUUACCUCUGGAUACACUACUUGUGGAUGUUGAACCGAAGGUGAAAUCUAAGAAAAGAGAAGCUGUUGCAGGAAGAGGCCGAGGCCGAGGAAGAGGAAGAGGACGUGGCCGGGGCAGAGGAAGAGGGGGUCCUAGGCGAUAAUGUCUCUCAGGAUUACUGUUUCAAAGUGAUAUGUGAUUUGGCAUCUUUUUUGUACAGGUUUUGUUUGUUUAUGUCAGUUUUUAAUAAACAUAAAUGUAGGACAGUUGUCUGUUGACUAUAUCAAGUUAAGUUUUAAUAGUUCACAUAUAUUCAUCAUACUAGCUCAGUAAGAUCUAAGCAUUACUACUAGGCAGUCCCAGAAUAAUUCCAUUCUUAGAUCAGACUUUCAAUUUUUUAAACUAAAAUAUUUCUUUUAUGAAUAUAUAUAGAAUAGACACCUUUUUACUUCACAUGCACUGAGUAUGCAUUUUGUUUUACUUUGACUCCGUUCUGUGGAGCUUAACUACAAGUGACAUAAUAAGUUCUUUUUGGUACUUCAGGAACUAAAGUCCUAUGGAAUGGGGUGUAGAAUUGGUUCUCCUUUCCUGAGUUUUGCUCAGGAAGACUUAGAUACUUAGUAUGGAGACUUAGAUACUUAGUAAGAGAUGAUAGUCAUCUUGUAAUCAGGAGUCAUUGAUUUUUUUGUCAUUGUUAACGUUUUUUUGGUUUUGUUUCAUUUUUUUAAGUUCUCAAUAGAAUAUAGUUUUACAUUCUCUUGAGUUGAAACUGCAGAUAACAUUCACUAGAUCAUCAGUUGUGAGCAGUGUUGAAACCUGUUAAUGUGGAGUGUAUGUGUCAUUGGCUCCUUUAUCAAAUACUUUUACAAGGAGUUUUUAAGAACAAAAGGAAAAAGACUAAUUUUGUUUGACAGCAAAACUAGAUUCUUUCCAGUUAUUAAUAAGGAUUUUUUAAAAGUUGUUUUAAUUGAUUAAGCUUAGAGAAAAAUACCUCUCGGUGUGUACAGUCCUUGUAAAGUUUACUACCAUUUGUUUAUAUGAUUAGGAAAAAACCUAACUUUGAGGAUUAGGGGAGAACUAAAUCUGUGUUUUCAUGUAAUCAUGCAUGUGGAGUUUUGUUUUUUAAAUAAGAAGCAGAAAGAUUGUUAUUGGAAAAAAAGGUUUAGGUCUUAUAAGGUUAUGUAAAUUGAGAGAGAAAGAGCA